AAAAACAUCACGAAGAAAGGCAGCUUUGGUUUCAUCGAAACCUAAACAUUGAAACAUAUAUAUUCAUUACAACCAUCUAUCUACCAGACCCAACUCCUCUUUUCCAAGGAUCAACCUUUUCUACCCGAGUUUCAGGACUAAGCGGUGAGUUUUCGAAUCAUUCUUUGAAUCAAAUUGUUUUGAUUUCCAGUAAUUCAAGUUGCUAAUAAUGGGAACAGUUGCAAGGCCUAGCUCAUACAUGGCAACAAUUAGCCACUCUAUUUCUGCUUCUCGUAAAACACUUUUCCCAAACACGGCAAACUUGAGUCUUGAACAUAAGGAGGCAUCUUGGAUGUGGCUUAAAAGCUCCUCCAACAUCUCAUCACGGCAGCCCUUCUUCCAGGUUUUCAAAUCAGGGUCCAGGAAAUUUGAAAAGGCUGUUGUAAGGGCAGCUUCUGCAGCAAAUGAUGAGAAUCCUUUGCCAGGGUUGCCUAUUGAUUUGAGAGCAUAUAACAUGCAGCAUCUGUUAACAGGUAAGAGAGCUUUUAUUGCUGGUGUUGCUGAUGAUAAUGGAUAUGGUUGGGCAAUAGCAAAGUCUCUUGCAGCUGCAGGAGCUGAAAUUCUUGUUGGGACAUGGGUGCCGGCACUUAACAUUUUUGAGAGCAGUCUAAGACGUGGGAAAUUUGAUGAAUCACGCAUAUUGCCUGAUGGUUCUUUAAUGGAAAUUACCAAAGUCUAUCCCCUGGACGCAGUUUAUGACUGCCCUGAGGAUGUACCUGAAGAUGUAAAAACAAAUAAAAGAUAUACAGGGUCUUCAAAUUGGACAGUAAAGGAGGUUGCUGAAUCUGUGAAAAAGGAUUUUGGCAGCAUUGACAUCCUUGUUCAUUCACUAGCAAAUGGACCAGAGGUAAGCAAACCACUUUUAGAGACAUCAAGGAACGGAUAUCUUGCAGCUCUCUCUGCAUCUAGUUACUCUUUUGUUUCUUUACUUAAGCAUUUUGCUCCAAUCAUGAAUCCAGGUGGUGCUUCAAUAUCUCUAACAUACAUCGCUUCUGAAAGGAUUAUCCCAGGAUAUGGUGGGGGCAUGAGUUCUGCAAAGGCUGCAUUGGAGAGUGAUACACGAGUGCUGGCUUUCGAAGCUGGAAGAAAACACAAAAUCAGAGUCAACACAAUAUCUGCAGGUCCAUUAAGAAGUCGUGCUGCUAAAGCAAUUGGAUUUAUCGAUAUGAUGAUUGAUUAUUCACUGGCUAAUGCACCACUGCAGAAAGAACUUUCAGCAGAGGAGGUGGGGAAUGCUGCUGCCUUUCUGGCAUCACCUUUGUCCUCUGCAAUCACCGGUGCUGUUGUGUACGUGGACAAUGGUCUGAAUGCAAUGGGAGUGGGAGUUGACAGUCCAAUAUUUGAAAACCUUGAUAUUCCAAAAGACAAAUAGAGCUAUGUUGUGACUUGUGUGAAUGGUACAAUAUUUGCGAACCUUGAUUUUCAUAAACAUGACCGGAGCUAGUGUUGAGGUUUCGAGGCUCACGUUUGGUGCAUUUUAUUGAGAACAAUGAUUUAGCAGUAAUAAACUGUUUCGAGGAUC